UAGUCUUCGCGGGAGCUAUCGGUUUCCGAUUCUCUCCAUUUCCAUAACGUAACUUCAGCGGCAACUCUCCCAUCGCCGGCCACGUGAACUUUCCUCCGGCCGCCGCAUUCCCUUUUAUUCGCCUUGAUCUCCGAUCACCUGACUGGAAAUUCCCCUUUCCAUCGAGUUUCUUUACCCGGCAAUGAGACUUUGUACUUCAACAAUUUCUAACAGAUCCUUCCACUCCUCCCGAGUUUGAAGAGUUUUGGAAUUCUUUCCAACGAGAAUUCGAGCUCUUCUUCCUUCUCCCCAUGGCGUCGAGAAACCGGACUUUGCUUUUUAAGAAAUACAGGGACGCGUUGAGGAGUGUGAGGGUUCCUACCAGCUCUUCCCAUGCUUCUGCAUCGCCAUCGACUAGCUCAGCUGCUGGUGGCCCGGUGAUUGAAUUGGUUAGCUCCUCGUUGUUGCAUCCGAAUCGAUCGUAUGCUCCAUUAAGUACCGAGGAUCCGGGUAAUUCAAGUAAGGGUGCUCUUACCGUGGGUCUACCUCCGGCUUGGGUUGAUGUAUCCGAAGAAAUAGCUGCAAAUGUGCAACGUGCACGAGUGAAGAUGAUGGAGUUGGCUAAAGCUCAUGCAAAAGCUUUAAUGCCUUCAUUUGGUGAUGGUAAAGAGGAUCAACGAUUAAUUGAAUCUCUCACGCAGGACAUAACUAAUUUAAUCAAGAAAUCAGAGAAAGGACUCAAGAGACUCUUUGUAGCUGGACCUUCAGAAGACUCCAAUAUCAGAAAAAAUGUUCAGCGCUCUCUUGCCACCGAUCUUCAGAACCUUUCCAUGGAGCUUCGCAAGAAACAAUCAACUUAUUUAAAGCGCCUACGGCAACAAAAAGAGGAAGGUCAAGAUGGGAUUGACAUAGAGAUGAAUCUAAAUGGAAAUCGAUCGAGAAUGGAGGACGAUGAUUUAGAACAUAUGGUAUUUAAUGAGCAUCAGAUGGCUAAGCUGCGAAAGAGUGAAGCAUUCACUGCCGAAAGAGAGAGAGAGAUCAAACAAGUUGUAGAAUCCGUGAACGAGCUUGCUCAGAUCAUGAAGGAUCUAUCUGUACUUGUCAUAGACCAGGGUACCAUUAUUGAUAGAAUAGAUUACAAUAUUCAAAAUGUUGCGACGACAGUUGAAGAGGGCCUUAAGCAACUGCAGAAGGCAGAGAGAACACAGAAACAAGGAGGGAUGGUGAUGUGCGCGUCCGUGCUCAUUAUCAUGUGCUUCGUCAUGUUGGUUCUUUUGAUCCUUAAAACCAUACUAUUUUGAUCCUCAAGCAUGUAAUUCCGAGAUAAUGCAUAGUUACUGCAACGUUUUUCAAAGACCUUUACUCGACAAAGCUCAUGGCUUUUCCAGGCCAAUCCGAGGUUCUUGAGCACAUAGGACUCACUCGCUCUUCUGAUCAGCGUUUUCCGGUCAGGGAAGGGGAAGGGAUUUACCUUCUUGAAUUAUAGAGAUACGGUGGACGGUACUAUUUUGUAUAGGGAUUGAUUUAGCAUUGGAAACUUGCCAUUGAUAUAAUUCUUUUUCAUUUUCACGAGUUCUUAUAGAAGUUGAUUCUUGGCCGUCCAUCUUACUUGGAAGAUCAUUCAACACUUUCUUGUAUGAUGAUCAUGAUUGAUGUUUGUACUUUAUACUUUUGUAUUUCAGUGCAAUAAAAUUGACAUCAAACCUUCCUCUCCAA